AUGGAGAUCACCAGAGUGAGACAGCCCUAUGCUCCAUUGGGCCAGGAGAAGUACCAGAUGCUGGAGCUCAACAGGCGGCUGGAGUCCUACCUGAACCAUGUGAAGCUACUGGAGGAGGAGAACGCCCUCUUAAGAGGGGAGAUCCAAACCUUGAGGAAGAACAGGGAACCUCAGAGGCAGCGCAGAGUAGUAGAAGAGGCCCUGAGGGAGGCAAGAAUGGAGGUGGAGGUUGUUUGGAGGGAGAAGGAUCGGGUGGAGAUGGAGAUAGGCAACAUGGGUGAGGAGUUCCAGGCCUUGAGCCUCAGGAGACAGAUGGAGAGAGACGCUCAAGAGGAAGUGUGCAGGAGGUUAGCGGAGAGCAGGAAGGAACUGGAGGAAGAGAGGAGAGCUCAGAUAUGGCUACGGGAGAAGGCGGCUCAGCUGGAGACAGAGCUUCAGCUCCAGGUGCAGCUUCAUCAGGAGGACGUGGCUGGUCUGAAGGCCUCUCUCGCCCAAAUAAAACCAGCUCCCAUGGUCUGGAAGCGAUCCCCACCUCUUGACUUUGAGGGCCUAAGUCAGCAGUACUCUCAGCAGGUAGCCCAGGUCUGGCAGGAGGCAGUUGAAAAUUACCAGAAGGAGGUGAAUCAUCUGGAGGAGUCCCUGACCCAGGCCAAGGCACAGUUGGCCCAGAUAGUCCAGGAGAAGAAAGAAGGCCAGUUGCAUGUACAGAAUUUGGCCAAGGAGCUGGAAAGUGCCCAGACCAAGUGGGAGCUGCUGGAAAAGAAUGUGGUCCAACACAGAGACCGACAGAAUCAGGAGCUCCAACAACUCAAGGCUCACGUGGACGGACUGGAAGCUGAGAAGGCUGAGCUGGGGGAACAGAUUCAUGACAUCAUCAAGGAGACACAGAACCUGCUGCAGCUGAAGAUGUCUCUAGGACUGGAAGUAUCCACUUACAGAGCUUUAUUGGACAGUGAAAGCACAAGAGCAAACAACCGAUCGGCAUUCAGAUCCAUCAUCCAGACUCCAGAUACACUCUCCAAACCUAAUGGGGUUAAGCCAGGCUUUCAGACACCUAGAACUUCCUGCCAUGUUAUCACUCCCAUAACUACAGCCCAAAGAUCAUCCCUGUACUCCAAAGUAUCCAGCACGAAAAUGACAGCUUUUCAGACUUCACCUUGCUCUACCUCCUUUUGGGAGACACCCAAAAGGGUCUCAGUGACAAAGGAGGAGCAGACGAGCAUGAAUGAAGAAUCACACAUAGCAGGAGACUGGUCAACACCUGACCGAAGAGGGCCUUUGAAUGGAACGGGUUCUGUUGAUCACUUUCGACCCGAGGACGUUUGUGAGGAAGUCAGCUAUGCUGCCCCUCUCUCAGCUUUUAUGGUACAGCCAACAUUCAGCAGUAACACAGCAGAGCUGGUGUAUACAAAUAAUAAAUCUGACCUCGAAGAAGUGAAGAAGCAGCAGACAAAGAGUGGAGAAAACAAAGUCCUCACUGACGAGUCUGCUGAAUUGAUAGCCGAGGAGGUGUUAGAAUCGGUUAAUGUGACAGAUGAGCAGCUAAACAGAUUUCCUCAAACCAGAGCAGUGUCCCCUGGUCCUAUGACAGAGAAUAAAAAAGAGCCCUCACAGGAUAGUAAGGAUAAAGAGACAGAAAAGGUUCAGAUUUCAUGGGAGGCUCAGUCAAUGUGGGAGGACAUUAAUGCUGAGAAAGAGAAAGAGAAAGAGAGAGAGGAUCUGGCCACUAACAUGGAUUCAGAAUCAGAGAAUGUGACAAAACAUGAUACAUCAGAGCAUAAGUCUGCAGAGAGUGAAAGCAACAUACUUACAGAGUUUGAUCGACAAGACAAGAAUUCCGACGAAUUAGAUACAUCCUUCACAGAACAAGUUGAUGGGUGUCCUGCAGAUACUACUGUUCAGUCUGAGAAGUUUAGCGCAGAUUUCAUGUUGCCAGAGGCUCAGGAUAAUAAGAAUGAUUUUGCUGAUGGAUUUGAAGAGCAGCAGAAAGUUGAGUCUGAGUCAGACAAAGAUACCUUUAGCGAAUGGGGAACAACAGAAAGAUUAGAAGCAGGGAAGGACAAAAUGGAGGACGUGAGUGAACAAACUCGUGAUGUCGAUAUGGAAGUGCAAGUAGAGGAAGAUGAAAGAGAGACUGAAAAAAAGCAGACGAUGGCGGAAGAGAGAAUAAAGGAGACAGUGACUAAUAUGGAUGUUGAACAGAGGGAUGCAGAGGAAAAGACUGCUGUCCUGGAUGAAUAUCAGGCAAAUAUAGAAAAUGAGGCUGCAGAUGAGCCCUUUGUCAAAUGGGGAAACAGUGAGAUAAAUUCAGGGGUCUUGGAGAAAAAGUUUGAGCAAAAGACGCUGACCAUUGAUGAGAAAGAUUUUGAUGUAUGUGCAGACAAUAACAAAGGAGAAGAAAAGCAGAGCCAUGAGGAGGAAGAAGAGGAAGACUCUCCAAACAUCUCAGCCUCGUGGAGAACGGACCCAGGGGAAUGUGACAGCUAUGCACUGCAAAAUACCCUCGCGGACACUCGACCUUUGAUCCGUUACAAGAGUGAUGACACGGACGUGAACACCCAAACUUCCCAUCAGGGUGCGACUGACUCCAGCGAGAGUGAAGAAGACAGGGAGGCUGGUGUCGGGCACUGGGGCAUAAACAAGUCCAAACGGUUUGACACGAUGGAGGAUCUCUCAGAGGAACCUGAGAUAGAGAUCAUGGAUGAGAUGGUGAGUGAGGAGCCUGUUCUUUCAGCAGAGGGAGACACAGAGCAGGAGUAUGUCGUUCUGAAGAAUGAACAAGAUGAUAGAAUUGUCCCGCAGGCAGUGAUGGAAGACACAGGCCAUUUGGAAGAGAGCAGAUCAGAGAAAAGUUUAACAGAGGAGAGUGAGGAAGAUAAUAAUAUAAAGAAGGAGGUAAAGGAAGAGGAAGACCAAGAAAAGGAGAAGAAGAUGUCAGAACUUCUCUGUUGGAGUGAAAAUUUCAUAAGAGAGACCAUGGAGAGUGAAACAGCAGGUAUAGCUGAAAGUGAGCAUCAACAAACUGUUAAGAGUAAUGUUGGCAUAGCACAAGAAGGUCCAGCCGAUAUUGAUAACACAGACUUUCCACAAAGCCAGCAAGAAGGUGAAACCGUACAGGAUGAGAAGAUAUAUGUUGAGCACGUUGAGUCUUCAUUUUCUGCAAUGUCCCUCACUGAAUCAUACGAUCAGUCAAAACAAACUGACAAAGAAAUUUGUGAAACAUCACAAGUAGGCCAUUUAGAAGAGGGCAGAUCAGAGACAGUUUUGGGGAAGACAUCAGAACAAUUUGGGGAAGACGAUUAUACAAAAGAGAGAUUAGAAGAACAGGUAGACCAAGGGCAGGAAGAGGAGAAUCUCACAGGAGAAACCAUGGAUAGUGAAACAGUACAUAUAGCUCAGAGUGAGCAUGAACAAAAUGGUAACAGUAAUGUGGCCAUAGCACAGGAAGAUCCAGCCAAUAUUGAUAAUGCAUAUUUUACACACAUCCAGCAAGACAACGAAACUAUACAGGAAGAGAUGAUGCAAGUUAAGUACGAGUCUUCAUUAUCUGCAGUGUCCCUCACUGAAUCAUACCAUCAGUCAAAACAAACCGACAAAGAAAUUUGUGAAACGUCACAAGUAGGCCACUUAGAGGAGGGCAGAACAGAGAAAGUUUUAACAGAACAACAUGAAGAAGACAAGAAUACAAAGGAAGGAUUAGAGGAAGAGGUAGAGGAAGAGGAGAAUCUCACAGAAGAAACCAUGGAUAGUGAAUCAGUUUGUAUAGCUGAAAAUGAGCAUGAACAAAUUGGUAACAGUAAUAUAGCCAUCGCACAGGAGGAUCCAGCUGAUACUGAUAAGCCACACUUUCUACACAUCGAACAAGACAUUGAAACUAUACAGGAAGAGAUGAUGCACGUUAAGUACGAGUCUUCAUUAUCUGCAGUGUCCCUGACUGAAUCAUAUGAUCAGUCAAAACAAACCGACAAAGAAAUCUGUGAAACGUCACAAGUAGGCCACUUAGAGGAGGGCAGAACAGAGAAAGUUUUAACAGAACAACAUGAAGAAGACAAGAAUACAAAGGAAGGAUUAGAGGAAGAGGAAGAGGUAGAGGUAGAGGAAGAGGAGAAUCUCACAGAAGAAACCAUGGAUAGUGAACCAGUUUGUAUAGCUGAAAAUGAGCAUGAACAAAUUGGUAACAGUAAUAUAGCCAUCGCACAGGAGGAUCCAGCUGAUAUUGAUAAGCCACACUUUCUACACAUCGAACAAGACAUUGAAACCAUACAGGAAGAGAUGAUGCACGUUAAGUACGAGUCUUCACUAUCUGCAGUGUCCCUGACUGAAUCAUAUGAUCAGUCAAAACAAACCGACAAAAAGAAUUGUGAACCGUCACAGGUAAAUACAACAGACUCAGACGAAAGUUCAGAGGAAACAGCUCCAGUCAAAGAUACAAUAUGUCAACAAGAUGAUGAGGAUGAACAGAAUCUAUCUAUGCUGACCAACAUAGACUUCACAGAUAAUAUCUCUGUGCCCAGCGAAGUCAGCAGUAGACCAGAGAGCCAAGCAAACACAACCAGCUCUGAUGUGGAGGACUCCCAAACAUCUGAAGAUGAAUCACCCAAUGCCAGCCAGUGUUCACAAUCCCCUAAUUAUGGAGGGAUGAUGACUGAUGAGCUCCAUCCUAUAGGUAUUGAGGCUUCAGUUGGUAUCUUGGGAGCAUCCACUGACAAUUUAGAGCUCGAGAGAACCGACAGAGAGGAAACACAGGAAGGCUGUGAACUUCCUCAGAUGUACCCUUGGGACAAUUUGGGUAAACCAAGCCAAAACACAGGUGUGAAUGUGGAGAGCGCGACCCAAAACAUCCACACUUAUACAGAUGAACGUUUUGGACGGACAGAGGAAAACACCGUUAGCAAACCAUCUGAAACACUGGACAUCUUCCAAGGGAACAGAAUGGAAGUGCCAUCUCAUGCUGAAGGGAACGUCAGUGAUCUUUUUGGUGUUUUCAGCACCAAUUUUAAGCAGGAAUUCUGGUCCACCACAACAACAGCAGCCACAUAUGAUCCAGAGGAAAGUGAGCAAUACACACAUGCAACAAGUCAGUCCAAUCAGAGUCUGAUCUUCAGAGAGCCCUGGGGAGACCUAGAGAAUCUGCCGAAAAACGACGGGAAGUCUGAGAGGGAGGCGAAGCUCUCUGUAACAUCCACACUGGAGAGAGAGGAGCAGACGACUCUGUCUGCUAAACAGCUGUCACGAGGGGAUAACAGAGAGGGUGAAACUGUCCUCUCAGACGAUUCAGAUGAAGGCAACUCUUGGUCCUCCGGUGAAGAAUAG